AUGUCACAACCAAGCGAUAGGCUUCUCAAUUGGACCGAUGUCGGUGGAGCCAAGUUUCUGAGCGUCUUUCAGACUGGUGACUCCGACCCGAUCACCGAGGCUAGAAGGAAGGCACUCAGUAUUCAACGCUCCCCUGAGUUCAUGAGGUAUGUCAAUGAACAAGGAGGCACCUGGCGGUCCACAGACUUCUUGAUAGUUCCUGCAGUCAACUCGGUCAACGGGGCCCCGAGGGUGACUGUCCAGAUCAAGAAGUACUUUGUUUCCCUGUUUGAGCCUUUUAAGAGCAGACCCUUCAAUCAAGACUCUGUUGAGAGCGACCAGAUAAAGUAUCAUGGCAUAGAACAGGUGGCCGCAAAAGCCAGAGAGAUACUCAGUCAAGGCCCCGAGUUCCCAGAGGAUGAGUUCUCGACCAAGCUGAUGCAGGAGUUCUCCCAUCCCGAGACCGGAUUACGCCGGAUUCCCUGGCAAGACACCGUGCGGGUGGGUCGGUAUCCGGGCAACGUGUCUAUGAUUGAACCGACAGAGGAUGAGGUUGAACGAGUUCGGAAAGAAGAAGAAGAAGAAGACAAAGAAAACGAAGAAAAGAAAGAAAAGGCGAUGGUGACACGUGGCAACACAAUGACAAAGCUUGCGGAGCCGUUAUCGGAUUGGAUACUCACCGGAGACGUCAUGACUUAUAUCGAAGAACAGAAAUUAAAAUCUGCCGCCAUCGUGUUUUCAGCUCGAGGCAAUGAAACUCCAACGGUAGAUCGUGUCGGUUUGGUGUCACCGGAUGACGAGACCGGGACAUUAGUAUUGUUGACCUUAGGGUUCAGCUGGAUCAACCCUCGCGAUGGAGCGGAAGAUUCAACGCAAACGGCUUUAGCGCCCAAGAGUGAGAAUGUAGAAGACACUCCAUCUUCUCUCACACAGUAA